CGGGAGGUGCCCGGGGACGGGGCGGCCUCGCCUCGGAGCGCUGUGCGGUUGCUCAUGAGAACAAAGAGGAAUGCUUAACCAUAAAUAGCUUCAAGAUACUGAUGGCAGAUUCAUCCAGUGAUUCAGACAACUUUCUUAGGGGUCGAAUUGGAAGGCGGCCUUUGAGAGCAUCCCACAACAGAGCUCAGAACUAUGGUGCUGAAGAAGUUAAAGAGAAGAUCCAUACUUUAGCAAGCACUUUGCAGGAUACCAACAGAAAUCUAAGACAUGUCGACCAUUUGCUAGGACAAUACAGAGAAUACAACAAGGAACAAACCAAAGCAAUAACAACUUUAAAAGAAACACUGGAGCAAUCUAUAGGUCAAUUAAGGAGCCAGCGACUAACACGAAACUCUGUAAUGAGAAGUGCAUCUCUCUCAAGCUUGUGUCCCAGUGACCUGGAUGGAGAAGGAACAUCAGGCAACCGCCACUUCCUGCCCACUUCUCCUCUGAGGGGUUAUGGAGACUCACGGGGCAAUAAACAUCGAAGGUCUAGAUCUGCAAAUGUUCGAUUUGUCCAUGAGGCAGAUAAUGUGGACCAGCUGCAUUCUUUCCACCAGUCUCUUCGAGAUCUCAGCAGUGAACAGCUUCGCCUGGGAGAUGAUAUCAGUCGUGAGCUUUCAAGAAGAAAUCGGACUGAUGCUGAAUUAAGAAAGACUCUAGAAGAAUUGUCUGAAAAGGUCACUGAGUCCCAAAGACAAGAAACGGUAUCAGAACGGGUGGAGAGAAGACUUCAGGAGAUAGAAGAAGAAAUGCGUGCUGAACGACAGCUCGUAGAAAGGCGCCAGGAGCAGCUGGGACACGUGUCUCUUCAAUUACAGGAGGUUUUAAAGAAGCAAGAUGCUAAAGCAGAUGAAACAGAAGAACUCAUGAGAAACAAACUUGUGAAAUAUGAAAGCAAAAAGCACCAGCUUGAGCAGGAAUUGGAGCAGUCCCGGAAAAAGUUGAGUGAAUCUGAAGACAGUAGAGAAGCUCUUUUGCAUCAGAUUGAGGAUCUUCGUUCCCAGCUUUCAAGAGCAGAGGAAGAACGUUUAGAAUUGCAACAUCAAAUUUCAUACGCUGCUAUGCAUCGCCAGAGCUUCCAGGAUGUACAGGAUGAUGACAGGAGAAUUAGAGCAGUAGCUGAAAGAUAUGAGAGAGAGAAGCAAGAUCUAGAGAAACAUAUUUUGGAACUUAAAGCAAAGCUGAGUCAUAAUGCUGUAAUGUCAGAGGUAGAAGAACUGAAGAGAUGUAUAGAGCGCAAGGACAAGGAGAAAGCACAGCUUGUAAUGCAUAUACAGGUGUUAACAUCUGAUCUGGAAAAUAGGGAGAAGCAGCAGGAAAAAAUGCUGGACCAGCUAAAGGAGAUACAGGAUUGCUACAAAGCUUGUGAGAAUGAACGUAGACAAAAUGAACUCCAGUCUGCUGAGUUAGCUCAACAGGCUGAAGAGAGUACCAAGGAAGCAGAACGGUAUCUCACUGAAUUCAAGCAUUCAGAGGCACUCAGGCUGGAGAUUGAGAAAAAAAGGGAAGAUUUGAAGGUGAGAGCCCAGGAAACCAUCCGCCAAUGGAAAUUGAAAUGUAAGAAACUGGAUCGUGAGAUAGAAAAACAAAAUCAAACUAUCAGUGAAAUGAUGAACAAGAGUAGUCAGGCCCUCAAAGAAAAAGAUGAUCUCAAAAGUCAGCUUCUGUCUGCUAUAAGCCAAAUAGAAAACCUUCGGAAGGAGCUGAAUGAUGUGCUUACAAAGAGAGCCCAGCAGGAAGAACUUCUCCACUGUAAAGAGGUAAAACUGGAUGAAAUGGAGUCACACCAGGUAUCUCUUGAAGAAGAGAUAAAAGAAAUUCAAGGUACUGUCAAAAAAUUGGAGAAUGAGUUGAAAAAGCAAGUCGUUGUACAAAAUCAAGUGCAAGCUGAGAAGGAACACUUGAAGACAGAACUUGCAAAUAUUAACUUAUUUCAUAAAAAAGACCAAGAACGACUCCUAGAAAUGCAAGCAGAUGUAAAAAAUUUAAGCGCCAUACGUGUGGAACUAACAAACAGAAUAGCAGAAGAGGAGAAAGCCAAAAAGGAAUUACUUAAGAGCCUCUCAGACCUCCAGAAACAGCAGGAAUCUAGUCAUGAAGAGAUGAUUUCAGCUAACAGGCAGCUGAAGAUGGAAAGAGAAAUUCACCAACAGGAGUUGGCAGAUCUUAGAUCAGAGUUACAAAAUGUGAAAAUCAAACAUGAACAAAAUGUUCAAGAGCUCAUGAAACUCCUUAAACAAGAAAAAGAUGAUGCAGAGGCUCAGAUUAGAAUGCUAAAGGUGAUUUGUUACUUUUUGUCUGAACUCAUCAUUACAUUGCAUUUGGAUUUCAAUUUUAUGGACAUACUUUUCUUCCAAAUUAAGAUGGAAAUUUUAGAAGAGAAAAACAUAGUCAAGUCUCAGUGUCGACAACUGGAAAAAAUAAAAGUUGAGUGUGAUAAAUUGACGGAAGAAUUAAUCCAAAACAAGGAAGAAAAUACAAAAUUAAAACGGAAAUGUGAGUUUGUAAAACAAGAACUGGAGAAAAAGGAAAAACAGAUCAGCAAUGAAGAAGAUCAUUUGAGAAAGAUGAGUGAGGCCAGACUGCAGUUUAAAGAUCAGCUGCGUCACUUGGAGAUGGAGCAGCAGUCCGUUCUCUCCAUGAUAGGAAGUGAAAUUGAUGCUGCUUGUGAAAUCUUUUCUCGGGAUUCCAUGGAGAAAUUCAAAGCAAUAUCCCUUACACCAACAGUACUGAAUGAUCCUCAUCGCUGGUUAGCAGAAACAAAGACUAAGCUUCAGUGGCUGUGUGAGGAGGUAAAGGAAAGAGAAAGUAAGGAAAAAAAGCUGCGAUGCUACUUGCUGCAAAGCCGGGAGCAGCUCAAGCACUUUACACAGAUAAAGGAGACUGAACAUCAGUCUCUCUUUAAACAGAUAAAAACCCAAGAAAAACUUUUGGAAGAAGUUCACAGAGAAAAAAGAGAGCUACUAGAGAAGACACACAGAAAAGAGGAAGAAAUGGGAGCUCUCCAGGAACGUAUUAUGGCCUUAGAAAUGAGUACCCGAGUAGCUUUAAACCACCUGGAGUCUGUGCCUGAGAAACUGAGCCUGUUAGAAGAUUGCAAAGAUACUGAAGAGUCCCGUUGCCGAAGGGAGAUGAUUGAGGAGAGGUAUAUGAAGUAUAAAGAAAUAGUGAGUUCUUUGCAGCAACAGCUGGAAGAUUCAAAGCAAAGAGUCAGUCGAGUCAAGGAUGUGAAAAUGAAUGCUAACAUUUCUGAUAUAGAAGUGGCUACUCAGUCUUCUAGUUGGCGAUCUCAAAACAGCUUUUUGUGCAGCUCACUGCUUUCAAGUUCAGGUUCACUUAUGAAAGGGAUGGUUCCUUUGGAUACAAGUGCCACCAAGGAAGAUUCUACUAAUGUUGCUGUUAGUGAAAUGAAGCCGCAAGCAGAAGGAGGAAAGCAGUAGAAUAUUUUACAAAACCACACCAGUUUUCUCUGUGACAUGGGACUUACUCCAAGCAAUUCCUGAAGGCAGGGUUGUGAGUCUUCAUUGCAUCUCAGGAGAUAGUUGGUACCUUUGCAGGAUCAAAGUUGCUAGCUGUACUUGUAAUUUAAAGUAUAACAUAAAAACUUGUCAUUUUUGUAAGCUAACAUAAUAAAUUA